AUGCACAACGCCCUGCGAGCGGAUCACAACGCCACGGGCCGUGUCAAGCUUCUGGUGUGGGAUGACCAGCUGGCGGCCAAGGCGCAGGCGCACGCCGACUUGUGCACCUGGGGCCACACCAGCGGCGUUGGCCUGCAGGGCAACGGGGAGAGCAUUAUGAGCCAGCCACCCGUGGUACAGUACCCCAUCAACGGGCUGGAUGUCUGCUCCUACGCUGCUUGGGCACUCUAUCAGGAGGUCACGAACUACAAUUUCGAUGUGCCCGGCACCAGCAAGGAAGCCGACAUGCCCGUCGGCCACCUCAUCAAUCUGCUGUGGGCGGAGACGACCCGGCUGGGCUGCGGCUACACCAAGUGCCCGGUAUUGGGCUCGUACGUUGUAUGCUGGUACGGGCCAGGCUUUUACAUGACUCCCAACUACAAGCGCGUGAUGGGCAAGAACGUCCCACGCAGCCGGUGCCAGCGGGCGACGGGAGAUGACUGGUGCGAGGCGUGCGUCGGCAAGAAGGCAUGUGUGCUACUCAGCGGCGGUCUGGACAGCUCCAUCGCGGCCUGCCUGGGCAAAGAUGUGCUGGGCCUGACGGCAGCCUUCACCGUGGUCGCCAGCGAUGUCAGCACCGACCGCGAGCAUGCCGUGGUGGUAGCUCGCACCUCGGCCUUGCAGCACCACCUGAUCGAUAUCAGCCUGGAAGAGGUCCUGCAGGAGCUGCCCAACUGCGUGCGAGUGCUGCAAACGUUUGAUGGCAUGGCGCUCCGCAAUGAGAUUGCAGGCAAGCUUGCGGCCAGCAGGGCUCAGCAGGUGGGGGGCAAGGCAGCGCGCUGA